UAACUGUUUUCUUAGAGACUGUGUGGUGGGAUAAGCCUUUCGAGAAACUAAACAAGGACCACUUUGACCAGGUCACGCCGCUAUAAAGACUUUAGACGUAUUUAGCUGAGGCUUCAGGAGCAUCGUUUGCACUCAGACGCGGACUAAGACCUGCCUCUGGUAAAGUUGUCGCCAGCAUCGCAGAAAAGUGAAGUUCAGAAACUUUGAUAACUCAGUUGGAAAAGUUCGUCUUCAUUAAUUGUACACACAUCGCGUGGAGAGAAAACAAGCGUGUUAAACGUUGUGCCAACGGGACUUUAACCUGUUAUCUCACACGCUGUUAAGUACAGAAACAACUUGGUCAACAAGCGAAAGUGGACGGUCAUGUCAGCAUCAACUGCAGCAGCCGGCUCCUCUCAACAGCGGGUUAAACACGACGGCUCCCCUGUAGCCGUCUGCUCUUCCUGUUACAGCAACAACAACAACACCGCGGUCCGGUUGCAGCCUGUCCGUGCCACGGUGCCGUACCAGCUUUUGCGUGGAAAUCGGCACAGCCCAACCCGCUCCGCUUCCUCCUCCUCCUCAGUAGCCGGGAGCAACACAGGACCGACGACGUCCCGUUGCUCCAGUCCCGCCAACCCGGGUGGAAGCGGCUCGGACGGCAGGCUGGUCCCCAGGCAAAGACAUUCACCGCCGGACAGCAGGAGGUCUUCUGAACGCUCUCCACAUCCGUCAGUUUCCAAAGUUGAAAGGACAAAGUCACAGCAGGUGCUGAGCACGGGGGGCAUUCGGCGGACUUCCUCCCUUGGCACGAUAGCUGGGCCCUACCUCACUGGGCAGUGGCCUCAUGACCCCCAUGUGCAUUACCCAUCUUGUAUGAAAGACAAAUCCACACAGACUCCUGGAUGUUGGAGUGACGAAACGGGAGAGAGGAGUAGCACCCACCAGCGCUCUGCGUCCUGGGGCAACACUGACCAGCUCAAAGAGCAGAUAGUGAAGCUUCGGCAGCAGCUCCAGCGCAGUAAACAAGGAGGACGCCGCAGUAAAGACAAGGACCGGCUCUCCCCCCUUCAUUACAUCACCAUCAUCUACACAGCCAGCACCGCCAACCACACUUCCACCGCAGCCAGCCACCUCCAGCAGGUUUCCAUGUCGAAGUCGGCCCAGAUGCCGCUGUCCAAUAUCACAGUGCCAAAGCCUUCCAUCUCCAGGGUGCCCAGCAGCAUGGAGGGCAUCAACCAUGAGCUGGAGAAGGUCUUCAUCAAAGACAAUGGAGAAAAGGAUGAGCUCAAGUCCCUGGAGGUUCCUGAUGGCCGGCGAGCACCCUUCCCUCCCCAGCAACGCAGCAGCAGCACCCGCAGCGUGGACACCCAGACCCCCUCAGCCCCCGGCCGGUCUAGCAGCUGUUCCAGCCUGUCGCCGUGCCCCUCGCCGGCCUGCCCACCAGGAUCACACGACGGCAGUCCCUACUCCGCAGAGGAUCUACUCUACGACCGGGAUAAAGACAGUGGAAGCAGCUCACCACUCCCAAAGUUCGCCUCCUCGCCCAAACCCAACAACAGCUACAUGUUCAAGCGAGAGCCGCCAGAGGGCUGUGAGAAGAUUAAAGCCUUUGAGGAGAUGAGCUCCAGGCAGUCCACGCUGGCAUCGGCCCCCCUCUUCUCCUGCCCCGACAAAAACAAGGUCAACUUCAUCCCGACGGGCUCCGCGUUCUGUCCCGUCAAGCUCCCCGGCUCCUUGCACCUCACCCCGGCCUCGGAACCCGAGGAGGACGAAGACAACGCGGAGGCGGGCGCCGGCUCAGAGCCCCAGGGGGCCGCGUCGUUCUACGGCACCCCCACUCAGGUCUCCACAAGCACCAGCACAGACGACCCCCCAGAGGAGCCCGACUCGUCCUCAGAGACUGCCGAGUCCCAGACAGACAGCCCGGCCAUCAGCUAGACCUGAGCAGAGCUGGCCUCUGGCUCCAGGAUCCACGCUAGUGUCACCUAACGCCACCACUGACUGUCCCACCAUCACCUCCCUCUGCUCUGCCAGGGGAGCCUCUGUCUCUCUGUGCUGAACCCCCCCCCCUCGACCAACCCUCCCCCUCCUAUUACUGCAUGACGUAGCAACAAUGUCCCAAAUAUCCACCACCACCACCACCACCACCACCACAAAUACUCUCCACCUUAAUGUUCUGUCGUGCAUAAUGUCUGAGCUCUCGUUGGCAGGGAAGGACCUGAUGGUUGAAGGUAUCAUACGCAGGCAUUGGGGAGAAGAACGGAGCACUAUGGAUGGGGGGAGGGGCAUGCAUUUUAAACUGGUAGUAUAUUUCUGAUUUAAUUACGUGUUGUGUUCUGUUUCAACAUUCACAGUAUGAAUAAGCUCUCUGAACAUAUAUAUAUAUAUAUAUAUAUAUAUAUAUAUGUAUGUAUAUGUAUAUAUAUAUAUCUCAUACAUAUAGCUCUAUAAAAAGAAAAUGCUUGUUUUAAAAAAAAUAAUAAUAAUAAUCCAAAUCUGUGUAUGGCUGUGUUAUGUACAAACAGGAAAAAAAACAGCAGCUGUACUAUUCAGGAUUAUGUUUACACUAUCCAGGUCACAUUGUCAAACCCUAUCUCAAAGAAAUGCAACAGGAAACUAAUUUGGGCAAAGAAGAAAAGGAAAAAAGGAAAAAAAAAAAGACAAAACGGCCACAAUUGGUUGCACAGUGUCUGCACAUGGCCUCGCUUCAGGUAUUUCACAAUCAGAGUCUAUACUCAGGUAAUUUGGAAUGUAUGUCCAUACAGAGUAUCUGCAGCUCGACGAAGCAGAUUCGCUCUCAUUUAUUCCCGGUUUUUCUCAUUCCCAGGCAGAUCACUCCUGCGGGUCCAGUCUGAGACUAGGCCCGUCGCAGACAGUGGCUGCCGAGGGUUAAAAGGUUGGACGCGGUCCGCGUCGCACUCACGGCUGCCUUCUCUUUGCUGGUGGUGGGACUCUGUACGGACCACACACACACUGUGACCGGUGGUAUUUGCGGUUGUGUGUGUGUGUACGGAUGGAAGCGUGCUGGACAGACACCUGGAUGGCACACAGCGUUUGUCAUUUGAGCGUGCUGGUCAUGUGUGAUUGGCUCCUCUGAGCCUGAUGACAGUGGACCAUAACGGAUGAGCUUGCGGUGCUGCAGACUGGUGGUCUAGUUGUACAAAUAUUUUUCUGGUAGAUUUAAUUUAAACCUCGGUGUUUUGUUUUUGUUUUACUUUUUAAAGCUGCUUUUGUUCAUUUCUUAAUCAAAUCUAGAGCUUGACCGAUCCUGGAUGUCCGAGAACAAUGUCAGUGUACAUAAAAUACUGUAUAUAUUUUAAAAUAUAUUGUUGUUGUAUUAUCAAAGAGUUCCAAAAAGUCAUACACAGCAUGAACUUCCUAUAGUGAUCUAAGAAGCAACAUUUCUUUGAAGUAAUAUAUAGCAUCUGGGAUGAAACACCAGCCUUAGAGUGGUAGACUAGUGUUAGGGCUGUUAGUUAAAGAACUAUCUUAUAUAUUUCCUACUGAAGUGGCUCUGGCGUGGGUGGAUAAAACAUGCAGGAUGAGGUUUGAGUUGCUCUUUAAACGUCCCAUAGUCUCGUUUUAAACCGUAAUCACACUUCAAAUAUAAACUGGAUACAACAGUAGCACUUCUCAUAUAGGUAUAUAUUUAAGUAUAUAUUUUUUACUUAUCUGUAAAUGUACAAGGAGCCGUGUUUCUAUAGUAGCUCAUGAUGAAUAAACGAUACAUCGUCUCUAUAUACGACCUUUUUGGUUCUUACAUUACAGCUACAGCUUGAUUAAGGGGCCACUGCAGCGAAGCGCCCGUCGUAGUGUCUCCUACAUGAUUUGAAAAGGGGAAAUGUCUGUUGUCAUGUUCGGUGGAUAUUUACAUGUGACAGCCUUGCUUUAUUCAUUCAUUUUGAUCAUUUAUAGCGUCAAUCCAAAAAACAAACAAAACAAAAAAAAAAAAAUGUUGCUCUACUCUUCUGAUGGUGUGUUGUAUUAAUCUGUACAGCACAGCUCAACAGUGUCUUUCAUUUUUGUUUAGAGAAAGAGAAAAACCAAAGCCGAUGGACUCAGAUUACACAAAUGAAAAUGACCACAGUUGGUUUUAUCAGUUUGAUUAAUAAGAGCCCUGCAAGGCAUCGGUCAAGCUCUAAUAAAGACAGACUUCUGUUUUAAAAGAAACUAAAAAAAACAAACAAAAAAAACAUGCAUUUAUUACCAAAAACUGGAAGGACAAGGCGGACCAGCAAGGCCGGGCAUUGGCUGAGCUACUUUGAUAAUAGUUCUGAUCAGUAGGAUCAGCUUCGGCAUCGCAGCCGUACUUGGCCAGCAAUGGAUGCCUCUUCAGAUCAGACUUUAAUCAAAGAAUUGGUAGACAUUUGAGUAGACAUUACGUAAUCAGAUCUCCUCGUGCAUUUCUGUCCUUAUCAUAAGCUCUGAUGCCCAGCUUUUCUAAAAGCUAUAGAUGAAUGUUUGUACAACCUUUACCUCCAGUCUGCAUUCAGGUGGAAAUCCAACCUUAGACUCCUCUAAUAUUCCAGUAAACGACUACUCCAUUGAAUGCAUUCCAUUCGAUAUUGGCGUCGAAGACACAAACGGGCUCACGACGACUCAUUCCCAAAACGUCUCUCGGCCUUUUUGAUUUGAUCGCUGCGAGAGAGCACGCGGGGCACUGAGAGAUGGCUGAGGCAGAUUGAUCGGUUUGACGCGCAGAUAAAAGCAUCACGCUGGCCUGCCUCUCUCUCGCCGUCUGCCUGUUGUUGCAGCGUUUCAGGCCUCCUGACGCUGUCACCCAAGUAACGAAACCUCCCGGCAUCUCAUGUGUCCUCUGCGAAGCACCACCUUCCGAGCUGUUUAACAGACAUUACAAUGCCCAAGUGUAAAUGACCCAUGCAUUUUAAAUAGGAAGAGUGAAACAUAAUCCACAUUUAUUUUGAUAUCUGGUGUGCUUGUGGAAUCCCUGCAUUGACGCUCCAUUCCUAUUUUGUAUAUAUGUGGCUUUUAAAGAGGUUCAAUGCAAUGUUGUGGUUUCUAAAGACAUUUGAGCACCUUACCAAGAGCUAUAGCUUUCCCAAUGUACCACGUAUACUUGGCAUUGGUAAACUAGAUGUGUGCAAUAAUAGGGGGAAGAAAAAAAAAAUUCAAAACAAAACAAAAAAAAAAAAUACCUAAAAGGUGUCGUCCUCCCAGAUGUUGCCCGUUCUUUGGCACGAGCGUCUCAUCCUGCAUUCCUUUGGUUUUGAGCAUGGAGGGCUGGAUCGGCAAGUAGUUUGUUGCUAAAGCCAUCGACCAAUACAAAACCAGCACUGAGAGCGACCAGAGCACAUCACUGGCAGGUCAGAGUGUUCAUCAACUCACUACAUGAUACUCCUUAUGUAACCUGCAGUGUCAAAGUUCAUGCACAAUGGCAAUAAAAAUCUUGGUUGUUUUGUCCA